AUGCUAGACGCCCGUGGUCACUAUACUAUCGGAAAGGAUCUUGUCGAUGGUGUUCUUGAACAAGUUCGAAGACUUGCCGACAACUGUUCAGGUCUUCAAGGUUUCUUCGUCUUCCACUCUUUCGGUGGUGGUACAGGUUCUGGUUUCGGUGCACUUCUUAUGGAGAGACUCUCCACCGAUUACGGCAAGAAAUCCAAACUCGAGUUCUCCGUUUACCCCGCCCCCAAGAUGUCUACUUCAGUAGUUGAGCCUUACAACUCGGUCCUCACCACCCACACCACUCUUGAACAUUCUGAUUGUUCUUUCAUGGUUGACAAUGAAGCCAUCUACGACAUCUGUCGACGAAACUUGAACAUCACCUCUCCUUCAUUCACCAACCUCAACCGAUUGAUUGCUCAAGUCGUCUCUUCUAUCACCGCUUCUCUUCGAUUCGAUGGUUCACUCAACGUCGACUUGAACGAAUUCCAAACCAACUUGGUUCCUUUCCCUCGUAUUCAUUUCCCUCUUGCCACUUACGCUCCUGUCAUCUCCGCAGAGAAGGGUAAAUACAUGGCUUGUUGUUUGCUUUACCGAGGAGAUGUCGUUCCCAAGGACGUCAACGCCGCCGUUGCCAAUGUACGAACCAAACGAACCAUUCAAUUCGUUGACUGGUGUCCUACCGGUUUCAAACUCGGUAUCUGUAACGAGCCUCCUGCUCUCGUUCCAGGAGGUGAUCUCGCAAAGGUCUCUCGAUCUCUCUGUAUGCUUUCCAACACCACUUCCAUCGCCACCGCCUGGGCUCGACUUGACAACAAAUUCGACUUGCUUUACUCAAAGCGAGCGUUUGUCCAUUGGUACGUUGGCGAAGGUAUGGAAGAGGGAGAGUUCUCAGAGGCCCGAGAAGAUUUGGCCGCUUUGGAGAAGGAUUACGAGGAGGUUGGAAUCGACUCUGUGGACGCUGAGGAGGAAGAGGGUGAAUACUAG